GUCAUCCUGUUGUCAUUCCAGUUGUUAAUCAAAGCUCUUCAAGAUCCCCCACUCCGGGACUGGAGAUAAGUGAUUUUGCAUACUCUUCUCACGCCCGCUGUUGUCUGAACAGGAUAUGGGGUUCUUUUCCAAUAAUUUAUUGCAUUUUUGAUUGAUCCUUCAUGGCUCCUGCAUCAAAACCGAGGCUUUCUGCCUCGGAGACCUUUGGGCUGGUGGUGGCAAUCGCGAAAACUCUCUCAGUAGCAUCUUUUACAUUCAUCACUGCUCUCUUCAGAGGCCGCUCUGGGCAUCGGCUCCUCUUCAGACAUGUAGCGCAUAGAGCUCUGCGGACCAUGAAUGGGCAGGCCACAGCCAGACAAAUUCAGGCCAUUAAUCCUCCGACGGAUGAAGCUUAUGCCUCGUUCGCUAAAUCACAUGGCUUUGAGAAAAAUAUUGUGGAUCUGCCGACCUCUGGUGGGAAGAUAUUGUGGAUGGGCAAUCCCAGCUCUCCAAAAGUCAUGGUCUGCUUCCACGGCGGUGGAUAUGUUUAUCCCGCGGCGGCUCAGUUCGGAUGGUGCUGGGAUCUCCUCAAGAAAGGGGGUAUUGGCCAGGACACCGCCGUUGCGAUCCUGUCCAUGAGCCUUGCGCCGGCUGCUCAGUAUCCUACACAACUGCGCCAGGCAGUCGAGAUGCUUGAGCAUCUCACCAGGAAUGCUGGAAAGAGACCAGAAGAUAUCAUUAUUGAAGGCGAUUCUGGUGGGGCGCAGCUCGGCCUUGCUUUGGUGUCACACCUGUUGCACCCACACCCUCUUAUCCCGGCACUAAAGCUAUCCGGAUCGUUGGCGGGUCUAGCUCUCAUCAGUCCAUGGGUCACGCCGAAGACGACAUCUAACUCAUUCACACGUAAUGGAGGCCGAGACCUUGUGAACGGCCAUGUUUUGAGUCGCUGGGCUUCGUACGCCUUGGGUAGUGCCAGUCUGGAUGAAUACAACGCCCCGGUCACUGCCAAUGCAACAUGGUGGAACGGUAUCAAAAGCGCUGUCAAGAACAUAAUUGUUACGGCAGGCACUGAGGAGGUGCUCUUUGAUGAUAUUCAGACACUGGUCGGCCUGCUAGAGCCUUCCAUGCCAGAUAUGCAGGUUUUGUUUGUGGAGGAGACUCACGACCAGCCUUUGAUGGAUCCUCUGCUCGGAAUGAAGGAAGACUGUGAAUCAUCAGAGGCUGUGAAGUCAUGGAUUGCUUCGAAUUUUGAGUAAUGGCAUUUUUUUUAUUUUUCUUGAUAACAGCUGGAGUGAUAUAAUAUCCACAUUCAGAAGAUUGAAAGACAAAGAAAAUGGAUCUGCAGUGUGAUUUGUGUC